GCAGGGAGGAGGACGUGUCACUGCUGGCGGCUACUGUUCUCAGGAUGGCAGACUAUGCGGGCGACCCCGUGCAGCUGUGCGUGGGCGAGUGGGGGCGGUGGCAGUGGCGCAACGCGGUGCUGCUGUCGCUGCUCAAGAUGCCCGUCGCCUGGUACCAGCUCAGCAUCCUCGUGUUGGAGGCGCCGUCGCCUUUCUGGUGCGCCGGACACCCGCCCACGCAGGAAUCCUAUGACGCCUGCGUAGUGCCACGUAAUUCAUCCACUUGGAACGACAGCUCGUCAUUGGAACCAUGCUCAUCGUGGGAAUACGCGCCUGACAUUUUCACAUCUACUAUAGUAACGGAGUGGGACCUGGUAUGCAGCCGGAAGCACCUGGCCGACGUGACGCAGUUCACUUUCAUGUUGGGAGUUCUGCUGGGGACGGUAGUCGGUGGCGCAGCAGCUGACAGGUGGGGCCGCAAGAAGCCACUCAUGUUCUGCAUCGGGCUGCAAGUGCUGGCUAGCACGGCGGCUGCGCUGGCACCGUGGCUCCCUCUGUUCAUCCUGUGCCGCUUCAUCCUGGCCAACGCCACUGGAGGCAUUCUCGUUAUUGGUUUCGUCUUGGCAAUGGAGAUCUCGGGAGACAGACACCGGACGACAGUGUCGGUGCUCUACCAGCUGCCGUUCACCGUGGGCCUGUGCAUCAUGGCAGCCGCCGCCUACAUGCUGCGCGACUGGCGUCACUUCCACCUCUCCUUAUCGGCGCUCUCUGCACUCUUCCUCUCCUACGCGUGGCUGGUGCCGGAGUCUCCGCGCUGGCUGCUGGCGGUGGGGCGCCGCGAGUGUGCGGUGCGUGUGCUGAGCCGUGGCGCCGAGCUCAACCGGCUGGACGCGGCGGCGGUGCGGGAGCGCCUGCCAGCCGCGAUCCAGCAGCCCGAGGAGCAGCCCCGGCCGGACAUCACGGCGCUCUUCCGGUCCGCCUCCCUGCGGCGCAGGAUGUGCGUGCUCUGCCAAGCCUGGUUCGUCUCCGGCCUUACCUUCUUCUCCUUCACGCAGUCUCUCGACAGAAUGGGAAGCAACAUAUUUUUUAACAUCACGAUGGCAGGGGUUGUUGGAAUUCCAGGAACAAUACUAUGCCUGUUUGUUAUUCGCCUGGGACGAAAACGCAGUGUUAUGAUUGGGCAGAUCAUUUUAAUUAUGUGUUGUCUCCUUAUCACAGCUUUUCCAAAAGGAUCUUACGCGUACGACUGGCCGAGACUGAGCCUGUCAGGUGUGGCGAUCACGUCGAUGGCAGUGUCGUUCACGACGGUGUACCUCUACUCCGGAGAGCUGCUGCCCACUGUGGUGCGCAAUGCCGGCCUUGGCUUUGCAGCCAUGUUUAGCCGCCUGGGCUCUGCGAUAGCUCCGUUUGUUAAGUCGAUGGACGCGUACUGGGUCCAUUUGCCGAUGCUAAUCAUAGGAUGCGCAGCACUGAUUACGACGGUGGGUAUUUCUUUCCUACCUGAGACUAAGGGACAGCCACUACUUGACACAUUUGAAGAAGAUACCAGACGGAACAAGGAAGAAGUGGGAGAUCAGAAGAGUUACACCUACAAAAUAGUCAACCAACAGGACCAGAAAACAGUGACGAGUAACUGUUAAGGAGAUCGGAAUUACGAGAAAAAAGUGGAAAAUACUCAUUCUGGAAAUAAAAAAAAUCGUCUGCUGUUGAAAGGAUGCAAAAGAACGAAUUAUUAGUUAAAAAUUGGAAUUUACUGGCCCAUUUUCUUUAGUUUAAGAAUUGUCAUAUUUGUGUUCCUCUGGCGAGUUAAAAAUGUUGCCAAAUUAUGUUUACUGAUAUUACC